UUGCCGCUAGCUAGAUGUAUCGUCAGACCGCUUUUGUACCUUCAUGAUCGCAGCAUCAUGAUCAGCUAGCUCAGCUGAGGGAAGCAUACCAUGUCAGAGGUCGCGACUGUCGUCUGUUCGCGAUGAACAUGCAAACUGCAAGCAAGGCAAGUGCAACGUGAGCUUCGACAAUAAAAUCCAGAUCAGCUGUUCGAGGUCGCCACGCUAGAUAUUGCUCGAGACUGAAAACUUUUUAUUGAAGGGUUGAUUUAUAUCGUAAUGCCGGGCGUUUUGAUUCCAUUGGAAGUCAUGGCGACGGCGGAGAAUGAAGUUGCUGGAGGAGAUGCCUUGGAGGGACAGCAACAUCUCUUCCACAGCACAACUGCUAUUGACAUCCCUGUAAAUGGUCCAGUCAAUCAACAUUGCACAAAACCAGAUUCGUUAACAUUACAGAAAUAUGAUGAUUUGUACGAGCAUGUAUCAACACCAGGAUGCUCGCCAGUGUCUUCUCCCCUUCAUAAUGGAGACAUUAAUGAUUGGAUUAAUGAUGGCACACCUACUAAUGACUCCUCCAUGAAGUGUUUUUCUCCUAUUGCAUCUGAUGAAGCCGGAGCAUGUUCAUCCUCUGAAGGCACGUACACGAUGUGUCCUCAAGCACAUCCAGAUCUUGACUGGGACGAACUAUUUGCUCUGACAGAUUACAUGGGGGUUGCUAACAAGUCUCCGUACUUCGGUAGUAAUAAUAAUAAUAAUUGUCUUUCUCUUGUACAAAAUAACAGAACUUUGACAUCUCCACCGAAAGUUGAACAUGUUGAAAGUGUGAGCAGUUCGUGUAGCGAUCUUUUUGACGUAUUUAUAAAUCCAGCAGCAUACAGUGCAAGUGAUGAGAGUGAAGAGGGGCUGUCCAGUGUUGACUCGGAAUCAACACUCAGUGAAACGGACAGUGAUGCAUCAAGUUCGAGACCUAGGAAGUCGAGCAUGCGAAAGAGACCACGGACCCCACUUGGUAACCCAUCUAGGAAGUCAGUCACGUUUGCGGACGCUCUUGGGUUAGAUCUUCAGACAGUUCGCCACAUCCUAGAAAUGGAUCCUUGUCCUUCACCUCCGAUGACAGUUUUACCCUUGGAUUCUUCUUGCCAAACCAUCUCGAAGUCCGUCCAUUUAUGUUUUGAGCAGCCUGGGGGUCGUCCAGACUUCCUUCAGAGGCUCUGUCAGCAGAACAUCUGCCUAGAGAACGCGAUGAUAUCCGACAUGACCAUCAUAGGAACCAUCAAGGUACGAAACCUGGACUUUUGUAAGGAAGUCCGUGUUCGUUAUUCCUGGGACAACUGGGCAACCCAUGCAAACAUCAUGGCAAGGUAUGUUGCAGGUUCAUGCGAUGGGCCGACCGAUCGGUUUAGCUUUGGAUUCACCAUUCCUAGGAGAUAUGUUGGAGUCGGUGACCGAGUAUUUUUUGCAGUGUUUUACAAGGUUGCUAAUCAAGAAUACUGGGAUAACAACAAUGGAUUCAACUACAUGCUUCUGAUUGAUGAAGAGGUCAAAACAAAAGUGUCUCAACUCUUUGUAAGACGGGGCCCCAAGAUUGCGCAGAGAUCCAUAAGACACCAUGGUCCAGAUUUGUGGAACUCUCUACCAGAGCCUGUAAAACAAUCUUCGUCUCUUCACUCAUUUAAAGGGGAAUCCUACCCAAAUAAAAACUUGUUUUUAUAAGAAAGAGAAAAAUCAGACAAGUUGAUAGGUGAAAGUUUGAACAAUAUUGGACAAACAACAAGAAAGUUAUGAAUUUUUAAAAGUUGUAAAUAUUGGUAAUCACUAUACCCAUGGAGACUUCAAAUUGACCGCAUAUGGGAUGUCAUAGUGAUGUAAGGCAAGGACUACUCUUCUAUUUACUCCAAUACAUAUUAUGGCUAAAAUUUCAUUAUACCCAAAAGUUUUAUUUCAAAUUAUAUCUUUUAUUCAUGAGGACAUAAAACAAUAUACAACCUGGGUUUUAUUUAGAUUACUGCCCCAGGGGAAUGGGUACUUAGGAGAAAACCACAAAUCCCUGAUAAUAAAGUACAUGGCCUAUGGGAAAGUUGUCCUUGCCCCUUGUCAUAAUUUACUUACCCAGUUGCCAAUUUGAAAUCUACGUACUAUUAGUGAUCUCAAUUUUAAAGCAGCUAUAACUUUCUUAUUGCUUGUCCGAUUUCUUUCAAACUUUCACCAUUCUGUUUAAUUUAUUUUUCUCCUUCCCAACACAACGUUUUAUGGCCAAGGCUGGAUUCCCCUUUAAGGCAAACGUUAAAUCUAUGUUAUUAUCAGAAUAUUUGAAGUAAAAUUUCUGUGUCGUAUCCUUUUUAUCGUGAAUUUAUUCCUCCUUCGAUUUAGUCAUUACCAAUAUCUUCAUCAUGACCACCAUCAUCUCCAUGGCCUUCAUCAUCAUCAUCAUCAUCAUCAUCAUCAUCAUCAGCAUCAUCAUAUCACCGUCACCCUCAGCUUUAUCAUCUUCAUCUUCAUACUAUAAUAUUGCAUGAAUUCAUGUUUCGUAUUUGAAAAUAUAUGCCCAUUCUGCUUUAUAAAUGUAUUAAUUAAUUCAAUUAGUAUAAGUUUGGGAUUGUCAUUUUUUUUCAAGCAAUCUGCUUAUGAUGACAAUCCUUCUCCUGCAAAUUGUGAAUAUCAUAUAGUUAAUCAUUUUUGUCUGGAAUUAUCUUUUUAAUACUCUUUAUUUAUGAUUGAUGCCAAAAAUGCUAGCAUAUUAUGUUAUGAAAAAUGUAAAUACGAAUGUUAUGGAUGCAGAAGAAAACAUAUCAAAUCAACUCAAAGAUAUGCAUAUACGUGUAAAUGCCUUGUGACGUUAAACAAAAUUAUGAAAUGUCAUGAAUUUAUUCGAAUUUUACAUCGGGUUUUAAUGGAAUUUUCAGAGCUUAUAGCUUGUUUAACUAUAUUUUGAUAAACAACCCUUUUUUGUUGAAUAACUUCAAAAGCAUGCAUAAAAUUUAGUUAGUAAUCAUGCCAAUUAAUUAAUGUAUUAAUUUGAUCAGGUAAUAUUCCCCACUAAACUUGUGUUCUAAUUAAUCUAUCCUAUUUUCGACCUCUAGUCGCUGUAAAUACCGAAACUACCUACACUGCAAAAACUCUGGUGUUGAUUUAACACCAGCCCGGAAUCUAUAUACGUCCACACCAGAGAAGUGUUAAACAACACCAGUUUCUUUUGGUCUAACACCAGAUAUCAAAACAGCAUCGAUUUGAUUCCAAGCUGGUGUUGUUUCAAUACUUCUCUGGUGUGGACAUAUAUAGAUUCCGGGCUGGUGUUAAAUCAACACCGGAGUUUUUGCAGUGUACUUUGACCUUUCCUUGAAUUUCCUUCUCUGAAUAUUCUCUCGAGGUAGAGUAGUAAAACUAAGUUUUAAAACACGGGAGGAGGGGGGGGGGGGGGCAAAGUCCAAUUGACAUUUUCCCCCUAUAGUUCCUGUUCAUUGAAUGUAAUUUUAGUAUACAAAUAUAUCAGGCUUUGAGAAAGUAUAGUGGGAAUUAUUUAUCCGAGGUUGGACUUGCAAUAACUAUUUUUCCCGAGGGGCGAAGCCCCGAGGGAAAAAUAGUUAGAUUGCCAGUCCAACCGAGGAUUAAUAAUUCCCACUAUGCUUUCGAAAGAAACGCCUGAUAUAUUUGUUUUAUAUCCCUCUUUAACUUUAUGGACCUAGUCCUUAUUUUUAACCAAAAAAUCUCGACCAAAUCUAACGUUGCCGGACCUAGUCCUCCUCUCUAGGCCUGUCGAGCUAAUUGCUAGACAGUUCAUGGGUAGGCUGCGCGCGGCUUCUACCCGACUGCACUUAAUGAGAGGUCCGCUGCGCUGCGUUGGCCGUUGCUAGGCUGCAGACUGCAGUGGCACUCAAAAUAAAUAGGCCUUCCGGUACGCGCAAUUAAAAUGUAUGCUUUAAAAAAUAGUAUCGGAUCUUGACUCACCUUGUUAGGUAUGUUUAUUCCAUAUUAAAGGAUCCAGUAUGAAAGGCCGUCGGAAUUAGAUUUUCUGCAUUGUAAUCUAGACCCAAUUCCACACUGUGUUUUAGAUUGUCGGUAUACCGACAAUCUAAAAAACAGUGUGGAAUUGGGUCUAGAUACGUUAAUUUGGGCGAGAGCUGGUAUUUUACUUUAUUUACUUUUUGCGGAUGAUCGAUAUCUGGGUCAAGUCAGGGAGCAUGCGCAAUUUAAAGUUGAGAGAAAAUAUCGAGCAUGAGCAUGCGCAGUUAUGCCCAUGAAAGUAUAUCGAAAAAUAUACGGAAUAACAAGAAAACUAUACGGAGCUAAUUGCAGCGAUGUGUUUUCCUAUUGAAAUUAUACUUUGUCACAUGAUCACGAAUUGACCAAUCGCUUAUUUAAAAUACUCAUGAAUAUUCAUAAGAGGGAUAUGAAAAUAACUAUAACCCUAAUAAGUAAACAUAAAAAAAAUAGCUUGCUAUCUUUUAUUGUCUCGCCCACCAGAUGUGAAGGCUAGGGAUCCAAAUGUCGUCCGUCCGUAACAAAAAUUAUGAUACAUAACUUUGCAACAAUAAGUCACUUUUCAACCAAACUUGGAUUUCACCUGUUCACAAUGAACUUUUGGUACAAUUCUAUUUGCGUGCCCUUGCAAAUCGCGAUAUUUCUGGUUAUUUCCACAAGUGGGUGAGACGCAACGUCGCUUAUGCCCUGUCUUUAGAAUAUUGGUUCAGAAUAAUGAAUAGAUAUGAAAAGAUAUCGCGUUGAGUACAAAGGUACGGAGCGGCAUACACUCGGUAAUGCUUAAGCCAUCCUGUCUGAAAUUACAAAUUAAUCGCUUUACUUGUCCCCCUCUUCGUUCGCGUGCAAUUUGUUUUAACAAACUGUUAGUAAUUCAACCAUAUAUCCUCCGUGUUUAACACUUUUGUUAGGACUAAAUCUCAGAUUUUUUUUAAAGUGAGCUUUGGUUAAACUUUAUUUUUAUUAGAGGGUCUAUGGUUUGAGUCGGUCGGUUUUUCAUGCAUGAUCUACUUACGAAUCAGUUUCAAGUUGUUUUUUCUGCUCAAAACCUGUAUGUAAAAAAAUCCGAUGUUUUUAUUUAGAGGAAUUUGUUUUGUGUGAUGUUAUUUUGUAUUUACUCUCUAAAAGAGAACUACAUUCAGUUAUUUUCAAAGCACAAAAUGUAUUACUUUGAAACUUUCAUUCAUUCUUUUCUUGUCCCCCUCUUCGUUCGCGUGCAAUUUGUUUUAACAAACUGUUAGUAAUUCAACCAUAUAUCCUCCGUGUUUAACACUUUUGUUAGGACUAAAUCUAAGAUUUUUUUUUUAAGUGAGCUUUGGUUAAACUUUAUUUUUAUUAGAGGGUCCAUGGUUUGAGUCGGUCGGUUUUUCAUGCAUGAUCUACUUACGAAUCAGUUUCAAGUUGUUUUUUCUGCUCAAAACCUGUAUGUAAAAAAAUCCGAUAUUUUUAUUUAGAGGAAUUUGUUUUGUGUGAUGUUAUUUUGUAUUUACUCUCUAAAAGAGAACUACAUUCAGUUAUUUUCAUAGCACAAAAUGUAUUACUUUGAAACUUUCAUUCAUUCUUUUCUUACGAAAAUUCCUGAUUGAGGUCGUUGCUUUUUUAUAGAUUUUGUUUACUUUUAUAAUUUAACUAACAACCCGUUUCAGUAUUUGGUUUUAUUCUUGUAAAUGUAUCAGUUUUCGUAUUUGUUCUUUGGCUCACCUGGAAUGAUAUAAAUAAUUUCAAUUUUCGUCGUUGAUAAAACCUUGCUAUAACAGUGUUGCGUUACUUUUUUUACAUUAAAUAAUGUAUUGUUUGAUCAUUAAAUGGUCGCACAACAUUUAUUAAUUGAGCAAAAAGCCAUUUGUGAUUAAAUCAAUUUUUACGCUGUUGUAAUGAUAUUGUAAGCAUGUAUGCAUUCUGUCUCUUUUGAAGAACUGUAUUUCGACACACUUCGUUUUUUUAAGGAAUCACAGAUUACGUUACAUAAAGCCUCCUCAAUAUUGUGUAAAAGGGAACGUUUAUCAUGCUUAUUGGGUGAGAUUUGUCCCAUACUUACAAAAUACAUGUUUUAUGGGUAAAUUUCAACAGAACAUUGGGUAGAAUUUACACAAUAUUUGCCACUUUGCCCAACAAACAUGCAUGUUUCCUGUUUACCCAAUAUUGGGGUUUUGGUUUUUUUUUAGAGUGUAUUCUAUGCUAGAGCAUUACUUCGUGGAUGACGGAAGUUUGUCAAGCAAAGUACUGAUUCUAAAUCAUUUUUUUCAAACACAUAAAAAAAUAUCAUGUUCAUCGCAUUUAUUGGUAUAGUGUACGUGCAUUACAAGAUGAAAUGUUUUUUGCCAUGUUUAAUUAGGUUAUGAUCCAUAUUAUUUUGAUAUUGUCAUACUUUAUUAAACCAUUUCAGAAAUAAAGGGGAAAAAAAGGUGCGCUCAGAUUGUAUCACUUCACGUGAAUCAAGGUUAUAAAUCACACCUUAGCAGUAUCAUUCAACAUUGAAUAUACUUUAUACUGAUGGAAAACCACAUUGUCGUUGAUAGUGUUUUAUUUUUUCAUCAUCAGCACUAUUAUUCUAAUUGUUGUCUUUAUAAUUAUAAUUAAUAGCCGGUAGGAUGCGAAAGAUAUUGUAUGUUUGAUUUUGCCAGCGCCAUAAUGAGGCUGCGAUGAAUGCAAGGAAUGCUCCCCAGGGAGUGGAAAUUGUGCACUUUUCGUGCGGGAUUGAAAUGAAUCCAAUGACCGGGGUAAAAAUAUGCUGUAACGCGCUUUGAGCCAUUCUGGGAAAAGCGCUUUAUAAAAAAAAAAAAAAAAAAAAAAAAAAAAAUUGGCUAUUAUUUGUACCUAAUUUUACUAUUCGAUAGUAAUGUUGUUAAUAUGCAAAUGCAAUACAAGUUUUUGGCGAAUAAUUUGCGUGUUUGCCGCUUAAUUUAACAGGGUGAAUUAUGUGUUCCAGUUCAAGUUUUACACUUUCAAAGUACUAUCUUUUUAAAAAUAUUUCAACAGUUUUUUUUCAGUGAACAAAAACGCAAUUGUUAGAAUAACCAACUGAUGUGGUAUGAGAGGAAGAUAUAUUUGUUCUUAUUUUCUUAAUGAUGUUUUUAAAAGUUUGAGUUAUAUCUGUUUUGACACCAUGAUUGUAAUUUGGAAGCACAUGUAUGCAAACGCUUCCUAGGCUUAUUCACACCAUUAUCUUGCAUUCAGAGGUUUAUUUUUAAAUCCCAAUAUAUUAGACACCAACAAGAGGAUUCCCAAAUGCGACUCACACGUGCGUGGUAUUGUGUCAUGUUCCCACGAAGCCACCUCCCACUUCCCUGUACAUACGAUAGCUUUUAGUUAAAACAACAACAGUCCGCCUUAUGUGUUUAUGUACCAAGGUAAUGAUAAUCUUUCACAUAUCAGCAUAUCAUCGCAACGUUAUUUUGAGCAAGAUGUAUAUACAAAUUGGACAUAAAACCUGUGUUCUGUUUUUUUUAAUUCAAUUAUUGUUCUAGUGUUCAAGUAGCUGAAAUAUAUGGCACUGAAUACCGUCAAAAUACAAAUAAUAGCCAUGAUAACAGCUUCGUGUAAAAUUGGAUCACACACUGCCAAUAGUGCCGUGUGUAAAUAAAAAGCAAUAUGAUGCUAGGUAAUAAAUAUAAGCGCGUGCAUUGUGUGCUUUCAUUGUAUAGUAAUCUCUAUUAUGAUAGUAUUAUGGAAUAUGUUCUUUACAAUACAUGGAGUCGCACCUGAUUUGUAUCGUGUUUUGUUCUUCAUUUUGAGUCUAUCCGCAAAUAUUUUACUAUAUUCAGUCAAAGUUAUCCAUUAUGGUAUUGUUGAAAUAUUUGGACAUACAGGCGGAAAUAUUAGAUUUUUGUAGGUUUUAAUUGAAAUGAUUGUGUACAUAACUUGGAGAGGAUAAUAAAUGUUUGUGGAUAGUGCAUGUAUGUGGCUUCAUAAAAGAAAUCAAGAGAAUAUUAUAUAUGUACACCGGAUAUGAUUUUGUGAUCGGAAAGUAUAUCUGCAACCUACAAAACUUCAAAACCUUGUAUCUCAAUCAUUAGGAAUUGUAAAUUGCCAUAGAAUAAAGUGCGUAUCAAUAAAAAAAAAUACACUUUGAAAAAGUCUUGGGAAUUGAAAAAUAUAAUAUAGGGAUAAAUAUUUUCACAUAUAUUCUUGGCUUUGGGUCUCAGCUAUCAAAUGAAAGUAAAAAAUGUUGGCAGAAUGUUACACUUGAGUGAUCACUGUCCAUUUUUGUAAAGCUCGCAGAAAUCAGAUUGCGCAGAAAUGCUAAUUUUCACGCUGUGUCAAGGAAAAAAGGCGAAAACAAACUGAUCGUGCGGUACAUUUCUCAUACAUUUCUUUUGCAUUUUUAGCGAAUUUUAAUAAAACAGAUACAUUUAAAAAAAUUUGUAACAACUUUGCCACCCAAAUUAAUAUUUUAACCAUAGAUAACAGGGGCCGCGGAAGCGGGGGGGGGGGGCUUCAGCCCCCCCACUUUUUUCCAAAACCGUGUACAAAAACGUAAAAAAUGACCAUAUGAUUGUGAUUUUUUGCAUGGUCAGCCCCCCCCCCUCCACUUUGAAAACCUUUCCGCGGCCCCUGGAUAAAGCAGAACAUUUACCUUUGUUUGUGCCAGAUGGAUCUGAGGACACAACUGAAGUUAACACAAGUUUAUUUCAGACAUCUUUCACUAAGUUUUUAUUGUUACAAGUGGGACCAUAUUUUAUUCAAUACUUGUUUCUCCACUCUUUUCCCAAACUUGAAAAUGAUUAACAAAAAAAUCAAGCUUAAGCCAUUUCAUGUUAAUAUACAGCUCCAUGUGAAGCAGAUAGCAUCACGAAGGCCUCGGUGUGUAUAGGGGAGGGGACGCAUUGGCGCUCUAUGAAGUGUUUUGGACAAGGAAACAAGUUAAAAUUGGUAAAAGAUUUAUUCAAAUCAAUCUUCCCAGCUAAAGUCCAUGUGUUCUUCAUGAUUAACAUCUACUUUUAUUCACAUAACUAUUUCCAAGCUUUGCGCAAAUCAUUUUUCACGAUUUUUUUCAAAAGUAAGAGAUCUGUACCAAUGUUUAAAUGUGGAAAAAGCUUCAGGAUAUUACAAACAUAUAAUUUUACAGCAUUAUUUCUAAGCGUAAUUUUUUGCACUGCAUAUAUUGUGUCUUUUAAAGUCUUUUGAUGGAUGCUAAAAUGACAGGCCGAGAUAUAAUUUCCUUUUUAUUGUUGUUGCUUUUGUUUUCGUCAUUAUCAUCGCUGACUUUUAUCAUCAUGCAUCAGCAUCGUCGUCAUCGCCAUGAUAAUUGAUCAUAAUGAUCAUCUCAUUUUGUGAGUGUUAUUGUUGAUAUUAUCGUAAAUUUAAGUCACAAUUCUUAUGUUUUUAUUUUUCCUCCUCGAUCUUCAUUUCCUUCUCCAAUUUUCAUUUUUAUUUUUUUCUUCCUCAUCUUUUCAAACUUCAUUACUUCUACUACAUCUUCUGUAUUUCUAUACUCAUAAUUAUGCAUGAUGACGAUGACAUUGAUAUAUAGUGAUGAUAGCGGUGAUUUAUUCAAUUAAUUAUUUGUAUUUAAUUUUGAAGUGAAUUAUUACAUCUACGUGGUAAUAAGAAUGUCAAUGUUAUUCUAUAUUGUCAAAGAAUAUGUCAUCGGGGCUAAAGCUACCAAAUUCUGCUGUAGAUUAAAGAUAUCUAUAUUUGAGGAUUUUGAAUCUAAA